AUGACUACUGUAUCUAACACGAGGAAGAAGGGCGUCUUCAUGAAAGGUCAGCUGAGGGUCUCCGCAUACGUGAACCAUGGCCUGGUCACUGUCCACGUUGUACAGGCGCGUCACCUGACGUCCGGGCGUCACCGGCAGCCAGAUACGUUCGUCAUGAUCUCCCUGAUCCCUGACCGGCCGCACGAGACGCCCACGCGCUGUCGCACUGAGCACGUCCCCAACACGAGCUGUCCCACAUAUGAUGAGAAGUUCUCCUUCGAGGUGAGCGAAGAGGACGAAGGACGCCGGCUGCUGAUCGCCGUCUGGGGACGCAAGUCGCAUACAGGGCCGACUGAGACCUUCGGAUGUAUGUCGUUCGGAUUGAGGCAUCUGCAGAGUGGUGAGCGACCAGUUUCAGGAUGGUAUCACCUUCUCACCGAGGACGUCGGCUGCAAGAAGCAUUUGAUGGUCGCCCCUCGAGAUCGACCGUCCGUCCCUGUGAUGCAGAGCCGCAUUCCCCGAUCAUCUCCCUUAGGCACCAGCGUCCUAGAGAUCCCGAAAGUUAACAAGCUAGUGAGCGGCUCUGAACGACUCCAGAUCUCCGUCAAGCGGUCUACUUACGGCGGGUUCGGUUUCUCAGUUGUGGAUGCGUGUCCGGUACGCGUUAGUCGCGUGGACGGCACAUCAGGGGCUGAGGAGGCGGGACUGCGUCCUGGUGACCUAGUCUUCCGCGUCAAUGGUCAGAACGUUUCCCGCUCCACAUCAACCAGCGUUGCUAGACGCAUCAAGCGCGGUGGCCAGACCCUGGUGUUGGAGGUACAGAGGCCCGCCCAGAUCCCGAUCGCCCACACGCCCUUGUUCGAGCAUGAUCCCACGGUCCACGAGAUGUCCGAUUCUGACAACGCCUCCCAUGAGGAGUGGACGCUCUGUGACGACCACAUGGAGCUUACGGGACCAGGAAGUAAUGGGGAGACGCGACGGCAGGCGGCGCUACACGCGCUGCUGAUGGCAGAAGAGCGGUUCGUGGAGGCAAUGUCCCGGGGCAUGCAGCGCUAUUCCCGUCCGUUGCGCCACGGUCUACUUGCACCUGAGCAGCACUCCAUACUAUUUCAGAACGUAGAGAAGUUAGUGAGCAUGUCGGAGUACCAAGUGCACCAGAUGUUGUCAAAUCUGCCCGACAUGGAUGACGCCGCAGACCCCGACGAUUCCAUGUCUGCCGACUCCACUGACAUUACCACCAUCGUCGGUAUCAUCUACAAGUCCAAGCUCCCCGUGAUUCUGCAAGCCUACAAACUGUACACCUCCGGUAUCCCCCGCGCCGCACGCUCCAUGGCCAUCCUCGAGGGAGACCCCGACUUUCUCCGCUUUCUGUGGCGCCAUGAGGGCUGCGGACAUCCACUGUCGCUGUGCGAGUUCAUCAAUCGACCGCUGGAACACCUUGGGGACAUCUACCGCCUCGUGACCGCCAUCCGGGACUCCCUGUCGCCAGGCUCCCCUGAUCAUGGCAUCUACACUGAGAUUGUCAACGGUCUGCAGACGGUGGUAUCCGCCUCCCAGGCCGUGGAGAAUGUUAGUAGCUCCUUUCUGUCUGUCGCCUCCUCCAUCCUCGACGUCAGUCGGGCGACGUCUGGUUCCACACGUCAAGUGCCGCGAAUGGGCGCCCGCAUUCUAAAGCGCGUCUCCUCCGCCUCCUCGUCGAGCUCCUCCAGUGGGUUCGGAAGUAGCGGCUCCCAGCACUCCGAGGAUGGUCAGUGUCAACGGGCAUCCGGUCUCCUUCUGCCGGAAGUUGAGUUCCGCCAGACCACCGUGUAG